UGAGUGUCAACCAAGCGAAGUGCCAUAUCAAAUUGGGCCAGACUCAUUUUUUCAAGGAGAGGCUAUCUGAACGACCACUGCAUCGAGUUUAUGUGCAGUGUGUUGAGAAGGUCAGCAACCCUGUGGAGUCCUUCGUUUGGAUGAAGAGUGGCUGGCCUGAAAAGUGAAACAGAAGGCUUUCUGUUUGUGGCUCAGGACCAGUCACUUCCCACUCAAAACUGUCAAUGUGUGAUUUUGUAUCAAAAUAGAUUCGAGAUGGUAUGAGGAGCAGGCAUUCUGAUGUGAAGAUGUCUGAACAGAAAGGGUAUCACAACGAACAAACAGAGAACAUCUACCGAUGUGGGGUGUGUUUUGAGAAUUUCUCCACAGAGCAAAUGUGCUAUGAUCAUGUGCUUUCUCAUGGAAGCAAGGAUGAACGAACUCAAACCAAAAUGACAACGAUAAAGCCAGGCAAAUCACAGGAAACCCUCACUGCAAUACACAAUAAAAAAUCAAUAAAAAAGGAACACGGAUCCCUAAAAUGUGAUUGUUGUGAAACAUUCUUCUCAAACAUCUUGAAGUUGAAAUGCCAUCUCCAGCAUCAAAGAACAGUUAAAGAAUUUCAUUGUCGGUUCUGUAAUAUGCUCUGCCGGAAAAUGUCUGAGUUGAUGACACAUCUGCGUACCCAUACAAAUGAACGACCAUUCAAAUGUGACCUGUGCAAGAAAGCAUUUAAGAGAAACACACAUCUUGUCCAGCACAGGAAACUACACUCUGGUGACAAACCGUUUAUAUGUUCGCAGUGUAAGGCAGCGUAUGCUGACAAAUGCAACCUGAACAGGCACGUUAAGCUGUAUCAUAAACACUCUGAUCAGACUCUAAAAAAAUUCCGAAGCAGGAAGUCCCGAGUUUCAAUUGUGGAUAAUCCUGUCACUCAUUCAUCUGUAGAUGAGAAAGGCUCAGAGAAAACAAACGAAGGAGAUUCAAGUGUUACUGAAAAUGUUCACCAACUUGAACAGACAAGUACCCCGAAAGACUCUGGUGUGAAAGCGCUUGUAUCAUCAGGGAAAAAGGUUUCAUUUAAACCCUGUUCAGAUUUGACUUACUCCAAGAAAGACAUCUUUGAGAAAGAGGAAAGAGAGGCGACUUCUCCUACAGAUGAUGCAACUGACUCUAAGCAUAUUCCGAUGUUCAAUGAAAAAGACAGGACGGAAACAGUUUAUGUGAGGAUUGGGGAAACAUGUUUGGUGUUGUCAGUGCAUUGCGAAGACAAGAUCUCCAAGAGCCCUGUUGUUGUAAGAACUGACAAUGGUAUGCUGAUACCCCGAGAACCGGAUGGUGAGGAUGUUCUGAUGUCUCAAGAAUCUGAAGAUGGUAAUGUGGUUCUGUCCCUAGAGUCUGGAGAAACUGGUUCUCAUACUAAAAGUAUUAACAGGACUGACAAGGACACAUCCAAGUUCCUUGUCUGUCAUAUGUCUGAGAACAGGGUUAGCUCCGGGCAAUCUAAGCUUGCUGUCUGUGAUUUUAAGAAGAUCAAAGCCGCUCAUACUCUGGAGUCAGGAAAAUGUUCUCCUGGAUGGAAAGCCAGAUCAGCCACGCCAAACAAAGCUGAUGCCGAACAUAAAGUAAUGUUUCCUUGUGUUAUAAAUGCAGACAAAAAGACACAUGACACUCCACAGGCUGUUGUUCCUCUUGGUCGUGCAGGUCAUUGUGGAGCUGGUUCAACACAUGACACUCCACAGGCUGUUGUUCCUCUUGGUCGUGCAGGUCGUUGUGGAGCUGGUUCAACACAUGACACUCCACAGGCUGUUGUUCCUGUUGGUCGUGCAGGUCGUUGUGGAGCUGGUUCAACACAUGACACUCCACAGGCUGUUGUUCCUGUUGGUCGUGCAGGUCGUUGUGGAGCUGGUUCAACACAUGACACUCCACAGGCUGUUGUUCCUGUUGGUCGUGCAGGUCGUUGUGGAGCUGGUUCAACACAUGACCCUCCACAGGCUGUUGUUCCUGUUGGUCGUGCAGGUCGUUGUGGAGCUGGUUCAACACAUGACACUCCACAGGCUGUUGUUCCUGUUGGUCGUGCAGGUCGUUGUGGAGCUGGUUCAACACAUGACACUCCACACGCUGUUGUUCCUGUUGGUCGUGCAGGUCGUUGUGGAGAUGGUUCAACACAUGACACUCCACAGGCCGUUGUUCCUCUUGGUCGUGCAGGUUGUUGUGGAACUGGUUCAACACAUGACACUCCACAGGCUGUUGUUCCUGUUGAUAUCAAGGAUGCUGCUCUUAGAUCAGGGAAUGUGACAUGCAGUCAGGUUUCAGUUGUCCUGAGAACAAAGAAGGGUGACACGGAUACAACUUCUCAGAAUUUUGUGGAAGACCAGAAAAGACAUGUUAAUCUUAUGAAAGAAUCACCUGUUAUUCCUGUAAGUAGUAUUGGACAAGGACUAAAACCUCCACAGAAGGAACUAGAACUGGACUCGGGACAAAGUGCUGUUGGCUGUGAACAUGGACAUGGACAUCCAGAGCAGCAAAAAACAUAUAGUGUCAUUUACGAGUGUGGUUAUUGUGGCAAGAAAAUGAAAACGGAAAGCACCUUGAAGUACCAUGUCCGAACUCACACCAAGGAUCGAGCUAUAAGGUGCAACAUCUGUGAGAAGGACUUCUACAAGCCUUCGACCUACGAUGUCCACAUGCGUUCCCACACAGGCCUGAGGCCCUUCUGCUGUGGGAUAUGUAAAAGGAAGUACCGAGACAACUCCACUCUUCGCUCGCAUAUGAAACUGCAUACAGGCCUCAAUGUGUUCUCCUGCAGCGUGUGUAAGAGGGUCUUUCCAAAGCAGACGGAACUAAACAGCCAUUUUAGUAUACACACUGGAGACAGGCCUUAUUUGUGUCAGAUGUGCCCCAAAACAUUCCGGACACGGCACAGCUUGUGUCGUCAUGUCCGAUGUCACACAGGAGAUAAACCCUAUCCGUGCCCACACUGUGAUCUUAGAUUCAGGGAUACGUCAAACAGGAAAAAACAUAUACUAAAGCACCAUAACCUGGACUCUUUACAAGCUGCUGUUUAGGGACCCCCACCAUUUAGUAUUCUUUGUAGGGUGCGGGUGGGGAGAGUUGCUGGGAUUUUUGUAGUGUUUUUUUGGUAAAGCCCGUGAACAAAU